AUAGAUACACUAAACACAUGAUCAUUAUUCCCUAGAUUAUUCAAAUCCAAUGACUCUAUGAAGUGGCUAAACAACUUAGGAAAACAAUUCCUUCACCCCCACACGCAUGGAAGAAUUAAGAAUAGUCAGUAAUGUGCACAAACAAAAGCAACAACAGUAAACCCACCUACAAAACCUUGCUCAUUUCUUUGAUUCUCUCCUUUUUUUUUUCCACUUUUACGCGUCGCAACAAUUUUCAAAAACCCCCAUUUCAAUUUCAACCACCAUUUUCAUAUGCUUGUAAAAAUCUUCAAUUCAUCGUGUACACUACUUAACCUAAAGAAGUUUUCAAAUUUAGCUGAAUUUCUCACCGGAUUUUUCGCCGGGAUUUCUGGAGCUCUACCCUAAUUUUCAGCUGGGUAGUUUUGGUAAGCUGGCUAAGCAAGGAAAUGGGUAUGGACAUGAUGGUAUUGUGUCCCAGACAUGCACUUGGCAAUCGACGAAAAUUCGCAGUUGGGUACUAGUGCAGUUGUUCACUUGUUGCUUUAUUUGCUUGGUUGAUCUGUAACAAACACUUGGCAAUGAGUAUCGUCAAACAUCAUCAGAAGUUAGACAUUUUAAGCUUAAAUAACUUGGUGAUUGGAGUGUACCUGCUCAACUCGACUCUUAUGCCUAAGCUCUUGAGAUCUCUUGGAGAUGCCAAAUUCAAUGGAGCUAACUAAGCAUGACAUAGAUGUUGGGCCUGCUAUGCAAGACGACAGUGAAUUUGUUAGUCUGGUGACAUCUGCUAUUACAAAGAGGCCUGAAGCUUCAACCUUACAUUCUCAGGCUGAAACAAGAUCAGAAUCCUUCAUCUGGUGGAUCAAAAUCUUGAUCUCCUCCAUUAGUGCUGUAGCAGUUGUCCUCGUACUGUUAAAAUGGGGAGUUCCUUUCCUUUUUGAGAAGGUUCUUGUUCCAAUGAUGCAAUGGGAAGCCACUGCCUUUGGCCGUCCGGUUCUUGCUGUGGUCCUUGUUACUUCCCUAGCAAUCUUCCCUGUAUUUCUGAUUCCUUCUGGCCCAUCCAUGUGGCUUGCAGGCAUGAUCUUUGGUUAUGGUCUUGGUUUUGUGAUAAUCAUGGUUGGAACUACUAUUGGAAUGAUUCUUCCCUAUUUACUUGGAUUGCUCUUCCGGGAUAGAAUCCAUCAAUGGUUGCAAAGAUGGCCGGAUAAGGCUGCUAUGCUUAGGCUUGCUGCCGAAGGUAGCUGGUUUCAUCAGUUCCGUGUGGUGGCACUCUUUAGGGUUUCACCAUUUCCCUAUACUAUCUUCAACUACGCAGUUGUGGUGACAAGUAUGACGUUUUGGCCUUAUCUAUGGGGAUCAAUUGCAGGGAUGGUGCCAGAAGCUUUUCUUUACAUCUACACUGGGAGACUGAUAAGGACGUUUGCAGAUGUCAAGUAUGGGAAUCAUCAUCUAACAUGGGUGGAGAUUGUGUACAAUGUUAUUUCAUUCAUCGUGGCAAUAAUUACCAUUGUUGCGUUUACUGUAUAUGCCAAGAGAGCCUUCGAAGAACUUAAGAGGGCAGAAGCUAAGGAGGAUCGAGAAGAAGAAACCUCUGUUACCCGGAUACAGAUGGAGACGCUUUCCCUCGAGAGACCACCCAGAUACAUGGUGGUCUGAUUAACUUUAACCUGAUUUAGGUUUAGUGCUGUAAAUAAGUUGUUGCUGUUCCUAGGUGGUAUCAUUUAGGUUACCUAAUUGGAGUAGAAAAGGUUUGUACAUCAUCAUAUUCAUAGGAUUUUAUGAUCAUAUAUCCUUGCUUGCUUCCACCCUCUUGGCCUCCUUGUUCAGAUGAAAACCUGGAAGUUUUUUGCUUUUCCAUACAUAAUAAUUUGAUCAUUUUUUUCACCA